ACGAAGCCAAGCCUUUUGCGAUCAGCGCAAGAAGAACUCUCAGAAUACCGUCGUCGCGUCUCCAACGACUACAACCGGCCGGAGACAACAAGAACGUGAAACGAGGCAGCCGAAGUGAUCAGGCUAUAUUGCAAGCAGUCUGCGCUUAACCACCGUCAAGACAUCCUUCUUCGCCAGACAGAGGUAUGCGAUCGAUUCAGAAGGCGCCACAGCUUAGACCUCAAGCUCCCGAAGGAAAGAGUUCAUCCUCUUCUGGGUGCCCUCCACCCUCGCAACCUUCUUCACUGCCGAGCAUACAAGUCCAAGCAAUAAUGAAGAAAACGGGGACGGAAGCGCGGACUCCUAAACCGAAGAGCUUGAAGCCGACGGCCAGCAGUACCAAGAAGACUGGUCCAUCCUCGCCGGAGCCCAAGCCAACUAAGGCGCGUGAGAAGGUUCCGAAGAUUAAACCACCGAGUCAUCGCAGUAAGAAGAAACAUAUCGCUGUUAGCCCUAACCAAAGUCGAGGAACGGCCCCACCGCUGUCUGAACGAGUACAAUCGACGAAGAGGAGGCCCGAGAUGGGGAUUCAGGCUGGAAACGACGAGCGAACACCAAUGGCCGCCAGCAAUUUCCAGACAGCUGGACCUUCCACACCUCUGUCCAAAGGAAUGCAAGCCAGAGAGGAGAGCCCGCAGGUCGAGCCACACAUGCCGAAAGGUGAUGAGCGGAAAUCAUGUGCAGCAGGCCCUCCUCGGUCGCUUUCGGCAUACCCGGCGGCUCCGGCGUCUGCAGCGUACACCUUCCCAGCGUGUGAGCAAGUGCCGGUCGCUGUGGGCGUCGUGAGCAUGGCCGCGCUCGGCUCAGUUUCGGUCACCUUUGCACUGAUCUGGCUUGCGUCCGCAAAGGACAACAACACAGCUGACGCGUCCUUCUGCUGCCCCAACGAAGCGGCGCAGCUGUACGCCAUCAUCGAUGACACGGUGUUGCCCUGCAAGGACUUCUACGCUUACGUCUGCAAGCGGGCUAUCCAGGACGGUGUCAUUCAGGCCGGGUUUGCCGCAGACACAUUGGACAGAAUCGCUGCAGAGAUUAUCACGGGUACCGGAAACAUUACGUCAGCAGCCGGGAAAGCACUUCAGGGAUAUUUCGCAUCCUGCUUGAGUGAGGUGUGGCGUAAAGACUUGCGCCAAGAACAGGUCACGUCCGCCAUUGUGCACCUGGCUAACGCUAAGCGUAGCAAGAUGACGCCCGCAGAUCUUCUACGCUUCGGCCUGAACGCCCAAUAUCGGUACCAGAUCGACUUCUUCUUCGGUGUCACCUUCAGGAGGGCUUCUGUCGAGUUUGAAUGGAACUUCAUGCGGGAUAUCGCCUUCCUGUUCUACUGCAGCGACGAUUGUUUCGAGGCUGCUCUUUCGGGUGUCAAUGCUCAUUUGAAAACAAAUUACACUCGACAGGAUAUCGACGACUGGCAGCAACUUCUUCCACACCAGAGCGAUGCUGGGGAGCCCGGGAACAUCGCGACCAAAGAGCUCCUCGAAGCCUUCGGGGGCCUGGACGUUUCUCUGUUCGAGGCCACCAUGAAAGCGAUGUAUCCGGAUUUCAGCCUCAAGCACCGUAUAUAUUCAUCUGCCAAGCGGGCUCUUCUCGCAGAAAUUAGGAUCCUUUGGAAUGUCUCGGCUCAACCAAUGUCGCUUUGCUACGUGCUGACGUGCGUCGUAGCCAGUGCGAUGAAAGACAUCGGCGGGUUUGCGGUGCUAGAUAUUCCGUCUGCGGAGGCCUGGCAAGUAUGCGCUAUUCAGGCGGACCGAUUCACUGAACUUUGGCGCAGGACGUACGUGGACAGCCUCACAAGCCCUGCCAAGGACGCCCGAAUGCUCUCCAUCUUUGUGAAGACAAAAGAGGCACUCCUGCAAUACGAACCUCUACUGCAGCUCAUGAAGGCCGGUAACGACACGGGCAAAUUCGAGGCUUUCGUCCGAAAUGCGUCCCUGCUGCUUCCCCAUGACCUUUUGGUCAAUGACAUACGCGUGCCCACACUGCCAAAGCACGGUUUUGUGGACAACUUCUACCGAGCUCUGAGCUUCGACUUUGACGUCAAGCGCGAAGAGUGGCGCCGGGGCGCGCAUUUCCAGGUAGGACAGAUAGACUACGAACUCUGGAACCGCAUGGGGCUGGUGAGCGAGAACCUGUACGUGUCGCCGAUCGCGUACGUUUUCCUGAGCACCGUAAACGCCAGCCGUGCCUUGCUUGCCGACGCACCGGUGGUCGCGGCUCGGAUGGCGGCGUUGCUGUGGAAGAGAGUUGUUGAGCACCAGGGAUGGUCGUCGCGGACGCUGGCUGCAAUCGAGCACCACAGGCAAUGCAUGCUGAAGUCUUUUCGUGUCCAGUCCGACGUAACUACGGAACUGCUGGAAAACACCAUCGCCCUGCAAAUAGCUGCAGGCCUAGCGGCGGGGGCCACGGGCAUUUCUGCCGAAGGUUCAUUCUUUGGCGCCGCACCUGACUGGCUUGAAAUGAAGCCGGUCUGGAGCUUGCACGUGAGCUCCAAGGCGCGGUUCUUCUACGCUCGCUACACAUAUUUCUGGUGCAACAAAGACGGACGCACUUCGAGCUACGUCAACGCAGCUCUAAGACGCAGCGCGGACUUUGCAGCCACUUUCAAAUGUCCGCCUUUUCGGGAAACCGCCGUUAGCAGUGCGUGCUGGAACUACACGCGGUAGUCACAAGAUGCUUUUCUCUAAUCAUCAGUUUGCUGGUGCAGUGACGCAGGCAGUUCAGAGCCAUUACAAUCGAGGACAAGGAACUGUAUUUACGAGCAAAGUUAUGCCCUUUUCUUCACUGUUGAGUUUUCUCAGGAGGACCUAGAUGCUUCUUUUUUGACAAAGUAGUCUGGGGGCCCAAUUCACGCACGUUCAAUUAUGGCGUUAAUGUAUUUGUGCGGUCGCAGGUUAGUUUUGUCUGCCAUGCGCAUACGGAAGAUAUUACGCGUUCAUCUUGAAAUAAAUAACGACUGUGCUUUG